AUGAUGCGUCUCCGAAUUUCUUUCGCUCAUAUUCUUCUCGGAGGCUUAGCGACGGUCGAGGCAGCCGACCUUGCCGGCUUCGUCCGGACAAACACUGGUUCUAUUGGUGGAGGCAAUACCUUCCCCGGUGUAACCCGCCCGCUUGGUAUGAUCAAACUCGGACCCGACCUGUACAAUGGCAGAGACAGCUACUCGGGCUACCAACCCGAUGGCAACUUUAUCGGCUUCAGCAUGCUCCACGAGAGUGGCACUGGUGGUGCGCCCAAAUAUGGUGUUGUUGCGCAGAUGCCCGUUGUUGGAGAAAUUCCAAAUCCUCUCGCCGAUAUCAGUCAACCGAGAGGGGCGGACGACGUGACAGAAGUUGGUUAUUAUAGGUCUACGACGCAAAAUGGCAUCGAAAUCGAGCUUGCUGCGGCAAGCAGAGCAGGAUUUUAUCAGUAUACCUUUCCCGAGGGACAGGGCGACCCGGCAAUCGUGGUGGAUGUAUCCCACGUCCUCAAGUCGUAUCGUGGCAUGGGCCUAGAGCAACAUUAUCUUGGUGGUGGGAUUUCUGUGCACAAGGAGGGCGAACAAGGUCACCUCUCGUAUCGUGGAUAUGGACGAUACGAUAAUGGUUGGAACAAAGCUCCGACGUGGGUUGUUUAUUUCUGCGGAUACUUCGACAAGCCGGCGACGUACAAGACAUUCUUGGGAACGAGACCCGACGGCGAAGAUCUCGAUUGGUAUGAAGAGAGGGACAAGGUGGAUUUCUCGCUCAACAGGCUGGGUGCCGUCUUCUCCUUCAAGGACACCGAGGUGAAGUCUCGCGUUGGCGUGUCCUUCAUUUCCACUGACCAGGCGUGUCGGAAUGUGAAUAAUGAGAUUCCGGACGGAACUUCGCUGUCAAAACUGCGAGAUGAUACGAGGAAGGAGUGGGGGGAUAAAGUGCUUUCCAAAGUGACAACCACCGAAACCGAUCCUGAGCUGUUGGCCCGUCUUUACUCCGCGCUCUAUUUUAUGAACCUUCUGCCUCAGAACAAGACGGGGGAGAAUCCACUCUGGGAGUCUGAAGAGCCGUAUUACGACGAUAUAUUUACCUUUUGGGAUACCUUCCGGUGCACCACGUCUCUCUUCCACAUCCUCCAGCCCGAGACAUACGAGGAAUUUAUCCGGUCCUGGGUCGACAUCUGGAGACACGAGGGCUUCAUGUCCGACGCGCGAUCCUCCUUUUGGAACGGUGCCGUACAGGGUGGUUCAAAUGUCGACAACGUCUUCGCCGAUGCUUACGUGAAGGGUGUCAGAGGCAAGAUUAACUGGGAGGACGCCUAUCAAGCAAUGGUGACGGAUGCUGAGGUCGCGCCACCUCCUGGGACUGAUAACCGCGACGCCGGAGGGUCAGCAAAAGAGGGUCGGGGAGCACUUCCCGACUGGCUUUCGCGUGGCUAUAUCACAACCAAGUUCGCUCGGUCUGUGACUCGUGCUGUAGAGUAUUCCACAAAUGACUUUGCGCUGUACCAGGUAGCGCUGGGGUUGGGUCAUAAGGAGGACGCUGCGAAAUAUCUGGGCAGAUCGCGAAACUGGCGAAACCAUUGGAAUAAAGACAUGGCGGCCUUGGGCCAUAGUGGUUUCCUUGGCCCGCGAGAUGAGGGAGGGAACUUUAUUGAUCAGGACCCUCUCAGUUGCGGCGGAUGUUACUGGGGAAAUCAUUACUACCAAGGUCUCCCAUGGGAAUACACCUUCAACGCACACCACGACAUCUCCACCCUCAUCGACUGGAGCGGCGGCAAAGACGCCUUCAUCGACCGGCUCGAGCUCACCUUCAGGCCCGGAAUCAUCUCCGGCAACGAGCAAUUCGACCACACCAUCUUUAACCCGGGCAACGAGCCCAGCUUCGGCACCCCUUACCUCUACAACUUUGUCGGUCGCCAGGACCUUUCCUCCCUGCGGAGCCGUUUUAUCGCAAAGUCGUAUUAUAGCCCAACUCCGGGCGGCCUGCCCGGCAACAGCGACGCGGGAGCCAUGGAAUCUUGGCUGUUGUGGAACAUGAUCGGCCUUUACCCUCUCACGGGACAAACUACCUUUCUCAUCGGAUCUCCCUGGCUCAAAGACCUCACGAUUAACUUGGGAGGCGGGGCUAAGCUCGAAAUCACUGCUCAAGGCGCCUCUUCCGAAGAUGCAAUCUACGUCCAGUCUCUCAAGGUCAACGGGAAGGACUGGGAUAAGGCCUGGGUUUCUUGGAACGACGUCUUCCGCGACGGCGGCAAGAUGGAGUUUAUCCUCGGAAAAAGCCCCGUUAAUUGGGCUACCGGACCGCCACCGCCUAGUCCGGCUGUCGGCGACGGUCUUGACGUGCCCGAGCCGCCCGAGUCUCCGGAGCGGAGGAGGUCUUUGACUACUCGUGACUACAUCGCUGGCGGCGUCAUCGUUGUUGCCCUAGGAGGGAGUGUCGGCCUCAUUAUUACUCUGGGGUAUAAGCAUGUUAGCAAGAAGAAGGAUAAGACGGCCAAGUCUGGAUAUCGGAGGGCGAGGGUGAGUGACUCGGGUGAAGAGCCUGAAAGUGACCGGCCUUUUGAAGAGUCAGACUCUGAUUUGGAGAGGGCAUUGGAUACGAGGAGCAGGAGCAGGAGAAGUGCGUUGAGGAGCUAG